AAACCAGUCCCUUCCCUCCUCUCUGCAGCCAGAGAUGGCUAGAGAUGACCAGUUCUAGACACCCAAGGGCCAGGCAGACACCCCACGAAACGGAGCAGGCAGGUGGCUGUGUGCGUGUGAGAAAGGGAGAAUUCGGUGGCCUCUGAACUCACCAUCAGCAGCUCAGGUCUCGCAUCACUUCCCAGGACUCCUUCUGCAUUUCCCCUCCACACGCUGAUAAGACACAGACCAGCUGGGUUAGGAGCUCGACGUGGGCAGGUCCAAGAGCCCCCUGAAGCGAAAAUGUCACGGUUACCACCGCUGCUGCUGCUGUCCUUGCUGCUGAGGGGGUCUCAGGCUCAGAACUCAGACUACCAGGUACACAUGGAGAAGGUUGUGACGGUGCAGGAAGGGCUGUGUGUCUUCGUGCCCUGUUCCUUCUCAUCGCCUGAAUCCAGGUGGAAUAAACUAUUCUUAGCCUAUGGCUACUGGUUUGAAACUGGAACUAAGACUGAUGCUGGGAGUCCAGUGGCCACGAAUGAUAAAAGUAAAAGAGUAAAACUGAGGACCCAGGAGCGAUUCCAGCUCGUGGGGAAUCUUGAAGAAAAGGACUGUUCCUUGGUGAUCAGAGAUGCACAAAAGGGAGAUAGCAGAAGGUACUUCUUCCGGGUGGAGAGAGGACUUGAGAAAUAUAGUUUCAUGAAUGAAUUCUUGCUACAAGUGACAGACCUUACUCAGAAGCCAGAUGUCUUUGUUCCCAAGAUCCUGGAGCCCGGACAGCGAGUGACAAUCUUCUGUGCGUUUAACUGGGCCUUUGAACAAUGCCCUGUCCCUUCUUUCUCCUGGACUGGGCCUGCCGUCUCCUCCCAAGAAACCAGACCACGCACCUCCCAUUUCUCAGUGCUGAGCUUCAUCCCCAGACCUCAGCAUCAUGACACGGAGCUCACCUGUAGGGUAGACUUCUCCAGAAAGGGAGUGGGCACACAGACAACAGUCCGACUGAGCGUGGCCUAUGCCCCCAGAGACCUUGUUAUCAGCGUUUUCCAUGACAAUGUGCCAGAGUCCCUGGGAAACACCCCUCAUCUGGAAGUCCAGCAAGGCCAGUCCCUGCGGCUCCUCUGCUCUGCUGACAGCCAGCCCCCUGCCACCCUGAACUGGGUCCUGGAAGACCGGGUCCUCUCUUGGUCCAGCCCUGUGGACUCCAGAACCCUGGGGCUGGAUCUGCCCAGGGUGAAGGCUGGGGACUCGGGUCGCUACACUUGCCUAGCAGAGAACAAGCUGGGUUCGCUGAACGGCACCCUGAAUCUUUCUGUGCUGUAUCCCCCAGAGGACCUGAGAGUGACCAUUUGGCAAGCAAACAGGACAGGGCUGGAAAUCCUUGGGAAUGGCUCUUCCCUUCCGGUCCUGGAGGGCCAAAGCCUGCGCCUGGUCUGUGUCAGCCACAGCAAUCCCCCAGCUAGUGUGAGCUGGGCCUGGGUGACACAGACCCUGAGCCCAGUGCAGCCUUCAGACCCCGGGAUCCUGGAGCUGCCCGUGGUUGGCAGGGAGCACGAAGGACACUUCACCUGUGCUGCCCAGAACCCGCUGGGAGCCCAGAGCAUCUCCCUCAGCCUCUCUGUGCACUCACCCCCAGAGAUUCUGGAACCCUCCUGCUCCUGGGAGGCUGAGGGUCUGCACUGCAGCUGCUCCUCCAGAGCCUGGCCGGCCCCCUCCCUGCACUGGCGGCUGGGGGAGGGGCUGCUAGUGGGGAACAGCAGCAAUGCCUCCUUCACCGUCACCUCCAGCUCCACGGGACUCUGGGCCAACGGCUCCCUGAGCUUCCGUGGAGAGCUUAGGCCUGGCAUGGAGUUCAGCUGCGAGGCCAGGAAUGACCACGGGGUCCAGAGAGUCACUGUCCUGCUGCUGCUGGGUAGGGCUUUCUCCAAGGGAGCAUUUGUGGGCAUGGGUGUUACGACUCUCCUCCUCGCCCUCUGCCUCCUGGUGAUCAUUGUGAAGAUGCUGUGGAAGAAACGGACCCAAGAGAACACCUUGAGGCCCAAGCUCUCACGGGGCAGUACGAUCUUGGAUUACAUCAAUGUGUUCCCGGGAACCAGAUCCCUGGCUCGGAACCCGAAGAGCAGGCCUCACGCCCCCGCCGGCGCCUCUUCUCCGGACACCCAUGUCCCUGAAGCCGGGAAGAAGCAAAAGGACGGCCCGGACCUCACACCACCGGCUCCCGCCCCAGUCUCUGAAAACUACCAGGAAGAGGUCCACUACGCUGCUCUGAACUACCCCCGCCUCAGACCGUGCCAGACCCAGCCUCCCCAGGACACCUACUCUGAGUAUGCGGAAAUCAGGUUCCACUGAGGACGUCCUGGACGUUAGGGUUGAGCCAUUAAAGAGGUUCACGAAACAGAGCGCAGUCUCUGUUUAAAAAUAAUCUCCUGGGGGCUGGAGAGAUGGCUCAGCAGUUAAGAACGCUGGCUGCUCUUGCAGAAGACCCGGGUUCGA